AUGGCCUCGGAGCGAGAUAGAGAGCCCGGACCCCGGAGAGGAGCCUCCGGUAAUGUUCAAACCGAGAAAGGGCUCGUCAAGUCUGGCUCAGCAACCGAGCCACUCAGCCCGGAGGAAGACCGAAGGAUUCUUGGAAAGAUCGACAUUUGCCUGCUACCUCUCAUGUCCAUCUCAUACAUGUUACAGUUUCUAGAUAAACAGGCUCUCUCAUUCACAUCCAUUCUAGACCUUCCAGGCGACCUUCAGCUUAGCGGUGAUGAGUUUGCUUGGGCGAGCGGCAUCUACUACUUCGGUUACAUGGUUGCUGCAUGCCCGGCCGCUAUGUUGAUGGUCCGCUGGCAUGUGGGAAAGACAAUUGCUAUUUCAAUAUGUAUAUGGGGGGUGAUCUUGACAGUAACAGCCGCUUGUGACAAUGCUGCGGGACUCCUGGUUGAGCUAUUCUUUCUCGGCGCAGCUGAAUCGGCCAUUGCCCCAGGCCUAAGCGUCAUUGUUGCCAUGUGGUACAAGCGAUCUGAGCAGCCGUUGAGGCAAGCCGCAUUGUCCAUUGGAAACAGUUUCGCUGGUAUAACCGGGCGCCUGAUUGCGUAUGGGCUUGGACAUAUUCAGAGCAUGGCACCUUGGAAACUUAACAGUAGCUUGGUCCAUCUGUUGUAUCUUAUGCCCGAUACUCCUAUGCAGGCCUGGUUCAUGAAUGACGAGGAUCGUCUGAAAGCUGUGACUCGCUGCAUUGAAGCCUUCCUAGAUGCUAAAACCUGGUUGUUAUGCGCCAUAACCUUCUUUGGCCAGGUUCCUAAUGGUGCCUUAACCACGGUGAGUUGCCAACUGUCCUCGCCCCAUGUUAUGUGUCUAGUGUACCCAGAAUUGACCAAUCCUAAGUUCGGCACAAUAGUAGUCAGUGGCCUAGGAUUCAGCACCUUAAACUCCCUUCUUCUUCAAGCAACCUGCUACUUGGCUAUGCUUAUCGCCGUUCUUAUCUCCACCGGUGGCAGCUCAUAUUUCACCAAUACUAGAUCGUACUGGAUGGUAUGGAACCUGUGUCUCGCCACUAUCGGCACGGCUUUGAUACGCGAGCUCCCAGCCCAUCUAAUGUGGGGUCGUUUCACCGGCAAGGUACUCAUGACAGCCGCUGCUGCCAACUUACUCCUAGCGAUGUCCUUGUCAUCGGGUAAUGUUGCGGGUUUUACCAAGAAGAUGACGGUGAACACAGCUAUUUUGAUCAGUUUUUGUGGUGGAAAUAUUGUCGGACCGCAGCUAUUCUUUGAAGAUCAGGCGCCUACCUACACCACUGGAUUCCUCGCUAUUAUGAUAUGCUAUGCCGUGGGGAUCAUUUCAUGUGGGGGAGCUCGCUUCUACCUGGUGUGGGAGAACCGACGUCGCGACGGAGUAUAUCCAACAUUCCACGGCAACGAGGAGGUUGAUGGAGAUAUUGCCGGUAUGCUGGAUAAGACAGAUAAAGAGAUCCCCCAGUUCAGGUAUGUUUACUGGAACUAG